CAGACUACCGAGAGGGGCGUCUGGGAUGGUAAAUUAUGUUCCUAGCUAGCUAGUUUGGUAAGGAAGUAUUUAUUUCCAUGUUAUACUUAAUAACCCCCUCUCUUCGGGAAGUGAGCUCCAUAGUUCCCCGUGUUGAGUUCAGACCUGGAAGAAAGGGCUGGCUGAUUUGAUUUCUGUGUAGAGCAGCUAUGAUGAAUGGAGGAUAAAUGUUGCCGAAGGCGGACAGUAGCAGUUUCGCCCUUCUCCUGUCUCUCCUAUUCGUCUUGACACUAACAGACCCGCCGCGAACAGGUUCGCGGCUUGCUCUGGCACGAUUACUGUCAGAGCUGCGCUGCAGCCCGGGGCAGUUUGCCUGCCGCAGCGGGAAGAUGCAGUGCAUCCCGCUGUCCUGGCAGUGCGACGGCUGGACGGCCUGCGAUGACCACAGCGAUGAGAUGGACUGCCCCCCCCUGAAGGAAGACAGAUUUCGCUAUGGCAAUGGAUUUGACCCAGUGGAGGAGGUUAUGGGUGUGGCCCAGCCCGUGCGCUUCAACAAAAAAUGCCCCACCGGUUGGCAUCACUAUGAGAAGACGGCCAGCUGCUACAAGGUGUACUUGCGGAAUGAGAACUACUGGCAGGCAGUGGAGACGUGUCAGAAGGUGAACGGCUCGCUGGCUACAUUCGUCACCAACGAGGAGCUGCAGUUCAUCCUAAAGAUCGAGGUGGAUUUCGACGAAAAAGUGUGCGAGCGAAAGGACCAGUGCAAGUUCUGGGUGGGCUAUCAGUACGUGAUCACCAAUCAGAACCACUCUCUGCAGGGCCGCUGGGAAGUGGCCUAUAAAGGCUCCAUGCAGGUGUUCCUGCCACCAGAGGGCCUGACGCGCUUCGGGGAGGCGGUGCCAAGCCAGGACAAUGUGCUGUGCGCACAGCUACAGCGCUUCCAUAUGCGUAGCAUGAGUGACCGUGGUCUGCACAGCUGGCACGCUGACAGCUGCUACAAGAAGUUCCCCUUCCUGUGCAAGCGCAGGCAGACAUGCGUGGACAUUAAGGAUAACGUGGUGAACGAGGGGUACUACUUCACCCCUAAAGGUGACGACCCCUGCCUGAGUUGCACGUGUCAUAACGGAGAGCCGGAGAUGUGUGUGGCGGCGCUGUGUGAGCGACCCCAGGGUUGCCAGCACUUCCGCAAGGACCCAAAAGAGUGCUGCAAGUUCACCUGCCUCGACCCAGAUGGGAGCAGUCUGUUUGACUCCAUGGCCAGCGGCAUGCGUCUGAUCGUCAGCUGCAUCUCCUCCUUCCUCAUCCUCUCCCUCCUGCUCUUCAUGGUGCAUCGGCUGCGGCAGAGGCGUCGCGAACGCAUCGAAACGCUCAUCGGAGGCAACCUGCAUCAUUUUAACCUGGGACGCAGGGUCCCCGGGUUUGACUACGGCCCGGAUGUGUUUGGGACGGGCUUGACUCCUUUGCACCUCUCGGAUGAUGGGGAAGGGGGCGCCUUCCACUUCCAGGAGCCCCCCCCUCCCUAUUACAAAUACCCCGAUGUGCCCCCUCCACCCUAUGAAGCUUCCAUUGAUCCCAACAGCGCCCUUUACCUGGACUUAGCGAGAGAUGUGUCUCAGACCGCCAAUGGCAGCCAGCUGGAGGAGGUGCCCAGCGACCUCAGGAGGGAUGCCCCGGAGACCGGCUCCACCCAGGGGGAGUCCCGUCCCCAGCAGGAACGGGAGGACUCCAUCGACAGCAGCACCCUCCUGGUGGCACCGGACACGCCCACUGACAGCACCACCGUGGAUGCCACAGCGUCGGACUGCACCGGUGACACCUCGAUCAGCACAGCCGUGUAGGGGGUGGGAGACGGGGGGGGGUGAAGCUUCGCUCAGGACGGUUGUAUCGGCGGUGUCCCGUGCCCAGCUUGGCCACGGGGUGGGUGAGGCUCAGUGUUCUUAGAGGAGCAGCCGAUGGCACAUCUCCAGCAUGGACCGACCAUGGCUCUAGUUUUUAGUUUUUUCAAAGAACAGAAAAGAUGAACUUUGAUUGCUCAGCAUGUGGACGUAAGUGUCAUCUACAUGUUGUCUUCUUCCUGUAGUGCACCGUGUAUCUGCAACUGACUCCAGAUCAGUCAACAGCGCAGAGACUUAUGGCGUGCCCUUCAAACCCCACCUUUUCGAAUGUGACAUGACGAUGUUGAGCCUUUUAAAAGCAGUCAAAAGUGUUAUUUUCUGUACCCUGCUCAGUUGCUUACAGCCAGGCAUGACGAAUCAAGCCACCAGGCAUGAUGAAUCAAGCUGAAUUUUGUCUUCCAGAUGAAUUGCACUGUCUUUACAGCAUAACCGCACUGAACAUUACGCUCCCCUUGGUACUAAACGCACGUCACAGAAACGUCAGUUGGCGCAGGUGGUGCAGAUAGUCCCAGCUGACAUGCAGUGCUCUCUCUCCGUUGAAACAGUGUCACAGUUCUCUCAGCGCAACAGCCUCUUCCAGGAUAUGGAAGCGAUGCCACAGGAAUGUGGAGGAACGUUUUGUGCAGGUGGACACUUGGAGGUCAGGAGGUCGAUUUCUCUUGAGACUGCUGGAACAUUUGUCCUGCCUGCUAACUGAGGGCCGUCCCACGUGUGUGUGUGUGUGUGUGUG